AUUGGCCGUGUGUCCGUGACGUCACCCAAACGAGGAAGUGGAAUGUUACAGUGUUUCAACUGUUACAGUGAAAGUGAAAACACGAGGAACUCGAUUCAUGAUGUUGUUAUCCUCCAUGGAUCGGAGACAGUCCAGCAGCUUUGCCAGAUAUCUAGAUGGAGAAUCCUGGGAGAUUAAAGAUGCUUUACGUGACGCGAUUGCAAAGUGUGAACUGUUUGAGUCCAGCAGUUAUGAGCUGACUCUGGAUCAGAGCAGAGACCUGACUGCAGAGAGACUCUAUCACUUGUUAAGACUGCCUUUCAUGAAAGAACACCUUCGAAAUCAGCUAAAAGAGAAGCAAAAAGGCUUCAUAAACAAGAGUUUAGGCAUCACCGAGAUCAUCUGCUCCGCUGACAUGUCCACGGGAGUCAAGCUCGGUGUUGUGUGUGGACUCUAUGGAGGUGCUGUCAGUAAUCUGGGCAGUCCAGAGCAGAAGAUCAAAUGGUAUCUCCCUGUUUCAGAGUUAGAGUUUACAGGGAUGUUUGCGAUGACUGAGAGGGGCCACGGUAGCAACGUUCGAGGCAUUAUCACUGAAGCUCGAUACAAUCAGUCCACACAGGAGUUUAUUAUUCACACACCUUCCGAAGAUGCUCAGAAAAUGUACAUCGGGAAUGCAAUGAAAGGAAACUAUGCCGCUGUGUUUGCCCAGCUCAUUAUAAAUGGAGAAUCUCAGGGUCCCCACUGCUUUAUUGUACCAAUCCGUGAUCAGAAUGGAGUCAUGUGGCCAGGAGUGACCACCAUUGACAUGAAGCACAAAGAAGGUCUGCAUGGGGUUGACAAUGGCAUUUUGAUAUUUAAUAACGUCCUGAUACCAAGGGAAAAUCUGCUGGGAAAGUUUGGGUCAGUGUCAGCUGAUGGUUUGUACUCGUCUCCUGUCCUCAGUAAAAGCAGUCGCUUCAAUGCAAUGCUGGCUGCCCUGACGCCCACCCGCCUGGGACUCACUGUACAAGCAAUGGCUGCCAUGAAGCUGGGGCUCGUCAUUGCAGUACGCUACAGUCACAGUCGCAGACAGUUCGGUCCGAAGGAUCAGGAUGAGGUGAAGAUCAUCGAGCACCAAACACAGUACCUGAGACUGAUGCCACACCUGGCGGCUGCCCUCGCGCUCAUCUUCACCACCAGAUACGCUGCAGGUUUGAUGGAUGAUGCUUUGUGUCAGGGUCAGGAUCUUCAAAGCAAUCGUGCUCUGCAAGCUCUGGUCGCAGGACUCAAAGCCUACAGCACGUGGGAGAACGUCGCGUGUCUGCAAGACUGUCGUGAGUGUACUGGCGGCAUGGGCUUUAUGAUGGAAAACCGUAUUCCGUCUCUGAAGUGUGACUCCGACGUCUUUGUCACAUUUGAGGGCGACAACAUGGUCAUGCUUCAGGUGGUGGUACGAGAGCUGCUGACCCAGUACACCAAACUGAUGGGGAACAACCUGGUGAUGGGACUGAUUAGAAACUGGACAAGCUCAGUGUCAGACAGCCUUAGAACAAGCUUUCUUGGCUUCAGCGUGGACAAAGUAGGAGACCUAAUGUUCCUGCUGAAAGCAGUGAGCUUCAGGGAAAGGGUGUUACAGCGCAGUCUGGCUAGUCGACUCUACACUAAGGUAGAGAAAAACAAAGAGGAGUUCUUCAUGGCCUGGAACGCUUGUUUACAUCACGUGACUACUUUGGCUAUGGCACACAUUCACAGAGUGACCUUGGAGCAGUUUGCUCUCGCCGUACGAGAAUGCCAUAUCAAAGAGGACCGUGCCUUGCUCACCAAGUGAUGUGACGCAGCAGUAUCAGGAUGUGUGCUGCAUUCAUAUGAGUAUCAGAUUAGCUGCGGAGCACCGGAGCAGAACUGCACUGAUCUCAGACCCGCCGACAGCAGCUGUCAGGUUCUCUGGAGAGCACCUAGCAUGAAUAAAUCACAGAUAAUGACCUGGUUCCUGGCAGGUCAUGAGGUGUGCUGUCACACUAGUCCUGUGAUCGAGAGACAAAGCACACCAGUGAGGAACAGGAAAACCUCACUUCCACCUGUUUCUUCAAACUUCUCUUGCUGUUAUGGGCACUGAGGAGCAUGCUUACCAAUCGCACAGUCAUGAGACCUGUGAUAUUACGUCAGUUUGACAUUUCAAAUUGAUUGUUUCUAGAUAGCAUCUGUCAAGAUACCAGAAGUAGUUUUCAACGUUUAUUUUUAGAAUGGAAUACUAACUUAGUUCUUAUUUAAUGCAAUGCAAUAAACACCAUUUGUUUUAUUGUAUGCUAAUUUAGCAAUAAACCACAAAUAUGACAUUUAAAUUAAAAAAAUUGACAGUGUUAUAUUUCUCCAUCGCUUGUCAUUCACAAUGCUGUAUGGAAAUGUAUUUAUUAUAGAAAAAAGUUUUUGCUUAAAUUCAAAGUUUGCAAUGUUGUGAUUCAUUAGUUGGUUGUAUACAUAUAUACAAAUGGUGAUUAUAUGAUUGAUGUGUGUGUGUGGGUGUGUUAAAUUAAAUUAAACAAAAAAUGGUAUAAAUAUGUGUGUAUGUUUGUUUAAAAAUGACUAAGUUUAAAGCACACUGGCAGUUUAUUUUUCCAAUCGUACUAUUUCAAAACAGUAAAAAGGAAGCCACUCUCGUCAAGGCAUUUCUUGGGGUCUUUAAGCUUUUAAUAAUAACCAUUCAGUUGUUCGGAUGAUGGUUUCAGUUCCUAUAGCUGACACGCCAACGAUGUGACUUCCAUUUCAGACGAACCCUCGUUCGGUGUGGCCUGAUAAGAAACUCAAUGGCUCUGUGAUAAGCCAUUGAUUCUCUGCUUUCCAUAUGAGGAAGAGAGCAGUACACAAAGCAUGACAGCCAGAGGGAUCAUGUGCCUCUAUAGGUUUAUUUUGCUUUACGGUUUAGGGCUUGCUACAGGUCAAAGGUUAUAUUAUUCCUCUUAGUGUCCAUGCUUUACAACUGAUUGCUUUGCAUGCUCUGUUUUUUCCUGUCCAGCUCUUUGAUGUAUCUAGGUGGUUUGGUUGCUACCUCACCUCUGAGGAGAAGAGAUAUUAGCUCGUACCGCUUCUGUUUUUCCAUCCCCUUCAUCUUCUGUAUAACAUCCUGUACUCACUCAAAUUGGUGCAUGUGAAGAGGCCUACAGCUUUUGUAGGGUCCUUCAGAUAUGGAAAAUAAGAAACUUAACAUACACAGUGGUCAGCAAGUAUUUUCCACUUACAUUUUUUGACCUUGCAAUGUGCUGAUACUGAAUGCUCUCAGCCUUAGAUGGUGACACGGCAUUCACAGACUGUUGCGUAUUGCACACGAAAAAUAGUGGCAGAAAUUGUAAUUGUUUUUAUCAGUCCACCGGGAAACGAAAUGGCAAUAAUGAAUGUUUGACCUGUCAAAAUCUGUCAAG